GGACAUUCUUUCGGGAUCCAGAUCUUCCCGUCGUGUCGAUACUACAGAAGCAUUCCCAGAAUGGCCAAUCACUCGUCUGGUGAGAUCAACGCUGCUGGCAACAUCUCGCCCAUUGAGACGAAAGGCAAUUGGUUUUGGAAAGAUAGCAAACGAUUUCUGAUCAAAGGUGUACCUUACGAACCACGGAAUUCCAGCCUGCCCGGUCCAGAGUCCAGAAUCAAUCCACUGAGCGAUGACUGGCUAGAGAAUCUUCGAAAGGACAUACCCUUCUUCCAUCGGCUGGGUAUCAACACAAUGUUCAUCGAAUGCGCAGACGCCACGCAGUCACCGCGACAAGCCAUGCAAUUACUCCAGAACGAGGGCAUCUACGUCCUCCUGAAGCUGGAUACCGACCUAGUCCGGGGAGAUUCCGGUCAGCUCAAGGCAGCGAAAAUCAAUAUCGCACGCAUGUACAGCCCUGAUGAGGUUCGCAAGAAUCUCGCGAUCGUCAGACAAACGGCCAGGUUCUCCAUCGUGCGCGGGUACAAAAUCUCGCAGUCGAAGAUCUGGACCGAUGCCACCACAAAGCUCGCUGCCUUGCACCGGGCCGCCGUUCGCGAUACGAAGCUGUUCCUCAAGAAAUUAGGACUCCGGCCAAUUCCGGUCGGUUCGAGCAUGUCUUCCGACCAGAUGUAUCGCCUGAAUGUUAUACGAUACAUGACUGCCGGGUCGCCCGAGGAGAGAGUCGACUUCAUCUCAUUUGGUGUCUAUGAUUGGGUCGGCCCGUCGAGCUUUCAGAUGUCGGGUUACAAACAUCUCAUCAAAGCGUUCGAGGCAUUUCCAGUGCCCAUGUUCUGGGGCGACGAUCCCGAGUCUAACGACGUAAGCGAUGAUGGCGACGACAAUAUGGAUGCACCAUGCUAUGAUCUGGUUCAAAUCACAGAUCGCGGCGAGAGAGCACCCAAGAAAGAUUUCGAGCGAUUCCAGCAGAACCUUGCCGUGAUCAACGCCAUGCCACAAGAGGACAUCGUUGGGAGUCACGAGGUCAAAGACUAUGACAGCUGGCGAGGAUCGUUCAAGGAAGGCAAAGCGAAAGUAUUGGUUGGCAACGGCGGAGGACAUUCCCAGCUUCCCGAUCGACUGGAGACUUAUUCUUGA